ACCACACACAGAGCACACGGGCUCGCCUCCUCUCCCUCUCGCCUAUGAAGUCAUCGCCGCCGCCGCUUCCCAUGCCGGCUGCUUCCGGCGCCUCCGGCGCAGCGCGGCACGCCCCAAGCUGCCGACGGUCCGCGCCUCCCUCCCCUCCACCCAGACUCUCUGCUCCCGGCCUCUACAGCCCGCUCGCAACCACACACCCAUGGCUAGGAUUUCGGGCAUGGCUUCGCCGGCGUGUCUCCGGUGGUCCCAGUUGGGGCACGCCAUGGGAGUUCCCCAUCCAUCACGGUCGCCGUUGUCAAGGGAUUCUUCAAGGAGAUGUCAAGGACGCCAUGGACAUGCAGCUCCUCAAGCGGAGGAUUGGGCCUCGCAUUAUUUUUUCCAGAAUUGGGUGUGGAUGGACCAGCUGAUUCAACGGUUGACAGAAAGGACUCUACCUGCAAACAAGACCAUUGUUCCCAAGGUGGUGAAACACAAUACCUUGGGCCACAUCUUCCAGAGGAUGCUGCGGGUUAUAGAGGUAGAAGCUCCAAACCUCUCUAAUUUCCAGUUUAGGGGACAUCGUCAAGUACAACUAUCAUUUGGAGUAGGAUUACAAUUCAAGAAUUUCGACUUGUCCUUUCCUGGUGUUCUCAGCUAUGUUUGUGCUGAUUUUCCGUCUAGCUUGCGCUAUGUUGAAGCUCUUUCUCUAGGUUCAUGUCAUGAGAUGAUUGAUACACCAGUUUUACCUAGCAAAUUCUUACAUCUCAAGCACUUGAAUGUUGAUCUUAGUACACUGACAUUUCCCUCGACCUAUGACUACUGUUCUUUGAUAUCCCUUUUUGAUGCUUCUCCUUCUUUGGAGACCCUUGUCAUGAAUGUUUUGCAGAAAAAGAUGUUGCAUGAAUCAAUCGUGGGAGAUACAUCACAUUUGAGGCAGAUGCCAGGGCACCGCCAUGAUAGCCUCAAGACAGUGAAGAUUAUUGGUUUCUCCUCUGCAAAGAGCUUAGUAGAGCUAACAUGCCAUAUCAUUGAGAAUACAACGUCACUUGAGGGCCUUACAUUGGACACCACAACAGGACAUCCUUUGUAUAGUUGUUUAACCAACAAUAUUGGAAAGUGCAUGCUGUUGCACGGGGAUUUUAUGGUGGAAGUUCGUCAAGGGCUCUUGGCUAUCAGGACAUAUGUUGAGCCAAAAGUUCCUUCCAGAGUCAAGCUAAAUGUUGUGGAGCCUUGCCGCCGAUGCCAUGAUCAACCACUGAUCAUAUGUUGAACUUCAUAUGCAAGUUAUCAUAAGUACCCCAUGAUUCCUGUGUAAGUUAAACUAGAACGUUGAACCUUGCUGCUGCUGCUACCCGGGUUAUACACCCCAAACCCAAUGUUUAACAUGAGGCUCGUGUGUUGCCAUGUAAGUAGACCUCCUGCCGCUGCAAUGUUUCUAGGUGUAGGUGCAAGCAAAGUAUAACUGGAAUGGACCGAAAAUUGUUGAUCCAUAAAAGAUGUACUCCCAGCAUACAGUAGAGCCACUGCUCUUUUUCCAUUGAGAUAGAUGACCACAGUGGGUGUGGAAGGGGAGAGCACCACUGAUGGUUUGGGCAGAAAUGAACAUCACAUUUUCUGUGUUGUUCCCUGUAUUUCAGGUUCUUCAGUGUCAGUUUGCUGUCGGCCAGUAUGAUCUUCCUGCAUGAUAUGAA